UGUUUACGUUCACGUUUCGCAAGCAAACUUAAAACGAUGCGUAAAAAAUCCGCCAGUCCACAAAGGAGAAGUGUUUUAAAUCAAUUACGUGCGAACAAAAUUGCGUGUGCGCGUUUUAUUUGUAAUUAGUGUGGGUGUGAAUGUGAAAGGUGAAAGGUGCUGUUGUGGGUUGGUUAACCCUCUCAUGAAACAUGGCCCAGGCCGAGCAGCAGGCAGGCUCCUCUCCCGAAGAUGGCGUGCCACACCUCCCUGCCAGCCUCAGCUUCAUGGUCCCCAAGAAGGAGAUCCACAUGGUGCCCGACAUGGGCAAGUGGAAACGCUCGCAGGCGUAUGCUGAUUACAUUGGCUUCAUCCUGACUCUGAAUGAAGCGGUGAAGGGGAAGAAGCUCACGUGUGAUUAUAAAGUGUCAGAGAGUAUAGAGAAUCUGCUGGCUCUGCUCAAUACCCUGGACCGGUGGAUCGAUGAGACCCCUCCCAUAGACCAGCCCUCUCGGUUUGGGAACAAAGCCUUCCGGCUGUGGUACGCCAAGCUGGAUCGGGAGGCUGAGAAUCUGUUGCGCUCGGUGAUCCCUCCGGCACUCGAUGCUGCUGUCCCAGAGGUAGCGCUGUAUUUGAAGGAAGCUGUUGGGAACUCUACCAGGAUAGACUACGGGACAGGGCACGAAGCUGCCUUUGCAGCUUUCCUGUGCUGCCUGUGUAAGAUCGGGGUGCUGAGGGUGGAUGACCAGCUCGCCAUCGUCUUCAAAGUGUUUGACAGGUACCUGAAGUUGAUGCGCAAGCUGCAGAAGACGUACCGGAUGGAGCCGGCGGGCAGCCAGGGGGUCUGGGGGCUGGACGACUUCCAGUUCCUACCCUUCAUCUGGGGCAGCGCCCAACUCGUAGAUCAACCGACUCUGGAGCCCCGGCACUUUGUUGAUGAGAAGAUAGUAAACGAACACCACAAAGAUUACAUGUUUAUGGAGUGCAUCAAGUUCAUUAACGAGAUGAAGACGGGCCCGUUCGCUGAGCACUCCAACCAGCUGUGGAACAUCAGCGCCGUCCCCACCUGGUCCAAAGUCAAUCAGGGACUCAUCCGAAUGUACAAGGCAGAGUGCCUUGAAAAGUUCCCCGUGAUCCAGCACUUCAAGUUCGGCAGCCUGCUCUCUAUUCUGUCAGUCAAGCCCUGAGAAAAGCACAUCGAUAGAUAAAUAGUCAAUAAGUGAAUGGAUGAAUUGCAGAGCCUUUGUUUUGCCGGGCUUCUACAGUGAAGACGCUGUAAAUUAGAAUUCCCUUCCCCACAUGUCUCGCAGUGUAAACUUCUGCAUACUUCAGUGCAGCCUCGUUUGGUUUCACUUCUACAAUUUGUAUUGAGUAACACAGAACUGGGAUGGCAAAACCUCCUAGCAGAAUAGAACGGUGUAAAUAGUUUAGGGGAAUGAAAAGUAAGAAAAUAGAUUUAUUGUUAUUAUUUCUUUGUAUGCAUAGCGUGCAGGAGCUAGGAACCGGGGCGUGUGUUAAAGUCUUCAUGCAUUCCCAGGCUGUUCAAAAACCCUUUGCAUCCCAGUGAAGCUGAGGGCUGGAGUUCUUCCACUGCCCACCAGUCCGGUUUUUAAAGCAACUGUAAAGGCAAAUGAGUGGAGAGAAAACUAGAAAGAUGCGUCUGCUUUUUAACAUCCAUUUCUGUUCCCUUUAACCCAUUGCAGCACACUGAUCAGAUCUGCAGUCCGCAGUACUGUGUUAGAAUAGAGCUGCUCACAGCGGCAACAGACGAUUUCAGCUGAAGCCCCUGUUUUGUCAGUCGGUUAAUUCGGCUUCAAAUGAAAGCAUUCGAACAAUUGCAGCGAUUAUGAUGUCUCUAAAAUACUGAUUCUGAUUCCUGGGAAAGAAUUUGGAAUUGGAAUCGAGGGCUUGGAGCUCCAGGGCUGGGAAGGCUGAGAUGAUGGAUUGAAAUCCCAGAGUUACUGGUUAUGUUUCGUCCGUCAGGAGGUGUUAAGAUCUUCACGGUUUUCGCUGAAGGGAGAGGUCCCGCGUGCCCUGUGUGUGUGUGUGUGUGUGUGUGUGUGUGCGCGCGCGCUGUCACUUGCGUAUCAUAUAGUUCUUUUAUUAAUUUUUCCUAAUUUUGUGUUUAAAAAUCAGCACCAGUGUAUUGAGCAUGGCCUGAUAGCAUGUACAUGUGUCAUUACAUUUAAUAAAAAACUUUACAGUG